ACUUCAUCGAAUUCGGAUUCCGUCGUUUGCUACUCCCUGAGUGCUAAACUGGGCUGGGCUGGGCUCUGCGGCGGCUGACUGGCGUUUUGAGCUCUGAUCUACCGCUUCCCUUUGAAAUCUACCCCCUCCUUUUUUUUUUUUUAAACCAGGUAUGAUGAUGUCAAACGUGAUGCUGAUGCUACAGUUACAGACACGGCCCCUGCUGGCGCAGCCUCUCUGAUUCUCUCUCGCUCUCCGCGGCCGGCGCUCGGCUUUUUCAGACAAGUGCAUCUCCUAACCAGGUCACAUUCAGCCAAGACCCACUACCCGUCUGUCACCGGAGUCAGACCGCUGGAGGAGGACCGAGGAAGACGUUCGCGUUUGCUUCGCGUGCCGCGGGGUGGGAGGAAGAACCUUAAAAUACUGCAGGAAUCGAGUCCCCAGGUCGAACCCAGACCACGAUGCGCACCCCGGGCUGCGGGCGACUGGCGCUGCCGCUGCUGCUCCUCGCCACGGCCGCCCUGGCCGAAGGCGACGCCAAAGGGCUCAAGGAGGGCGAGACCCCCGGCAAUUUCAUGGAGGACGAGCAAUGGCUGUCGUCCAUCUCUCAGUACAGCGGCAAGAUCAAGCACUGGAACCGCUUCCGAGACGAGGUGGAGGAUGACUACAUCAAGAGCUGGGAGGACAAUCAGCAAGGAGAUGAAGCCCUGGACACAACCAAGGACCCCUGUCAGAAGGUGAAGUGCAGCCAUCACAAGGUGUGCAUUGCCCAGGGCUACCAGCGGGCCAUGUGCAUCAGCCGCAAGAAGCUGGAGCACAGGAUCAAGCAGCCUGCCCUGAAACUCCAUGGAAACAAAGACUCCAUCUGCAAGCCCUGCCACAUGGCCCAGCUUGCCUCUGUCUGCGGCUCGGAUGGCCACACUUACAGCUCGGUGUGCAAGCUGGAGCAGCAGGCGUGUCUGAGCAGCAAGCAGCUGACUGUGAGGUGCCAGGGCCCCUGCCCCUGCCCCACGGAGCAGGCUGCCACCUCCACCACGGAUGGCAAAACAGAGACCUGCACAGGUCAGGACCUGGCUGACCUGGGGGAUCGGCUCCGGGACUGGUUCCAGCUCCUUCAUGAGAACUCCAAGCAGAACGGCUCAGCCGGCAGCGGAGCCAGCUCGGCCAGUGGCCUAGACAAGAGCCUGGGGGCCAGCUGCAAGGACUCCAUUGGCUGGAUGUUCUCCAAGUUGGACACCAGCGCUGACCUCUUCCUGGACCAGACAGAGCUGGCUGCCAUCAACCUGGACAAGUACGAGGUCUGCAUCCGCCCCUUCUUCAAUUCCUGUGACACCUACAAGGAUGGCCGUGUCUCCACUGCCGAGUGGUGCUUCUGCUUCUGGAGGGAGAAGCCCCCCUGCCUGGCAGAGCUGGAGCGCAUCCAAAUCCAGGAGGCUGCCAAGAAGAAGCCAGGAGUCUUUAUCCCAAGCUGUGAUGAGGACGGCUACUACCGCAAGAUGCAGUGUGACCAGAGCAGUGGUGAUUGCUGGUGUGUGGACCAGUUGGGCCUAGAGCUGACAGGCACCCGCACCCACGGGAGCCCCGACUGUGAUGACAUCGUGGGCUUCUCUGGGGACUUUGGGAGCGGCGUUGGCUGGGAGGAUGAGGAGGAGAAGGAGACAGAGGAAGCAGGCGAGGAGGCUGAGGAGGAGGAGGGCGAGGCGGGCGAAGCGGACGACGGAGGCUACAUCUGGUAGAUGGCUGAGGGGAGCCGUGGCAGGCCAGGGUGCUGACGGCCGGGGGAGACGGGCCAGCAGAGACCUGGAUGGAAGCAGGCAGCUUAGCCAAUGGAUCCAGAAUGUACAGUUGGAAGGACCCUGGCUUCGAUGGGAGGACUGGGCGUGUGAGUGUGCAUGACAGUGUGUGGCAUGUUUAGCUGGGAUGUGAGACCACACGCUUGUGUCUCAUGUGUGUGCGUGUCUGUGUGUGUGCGCGUGUGUGUCCUUGGUCCACACUGCUCCAGGCAGAGUGAGUCACCCAAAGUCCCCUUCAGCCUCCCUGUAGCAGUUUUCUUUCCAUUUGAUGUUGGUUUGAAAAAUAAUACAGUCACACACACACUGCUAGGUCAAAUGAAGCAAUGAGAUGUCCCCGGGCCCCACUGAGCCCCACCCUGAGGUCCUUGUCUGGUUUGCUGUUCUCUGUUCAUCCAGUCCUGCCUUCUCCUGCCCCCUUCCAGUGUCAAACUCUGGCCUGUGGGUGUGUCCUAUUGUAGAGGGGAGGGAGGGCGUUGAGCUCUCUGCUGGCUGGGGGUUCUCCUGAAGCUGGGCCAGCUUGGCUGUGCCCCUCUUCUCGAGGCUCAGAUGAGUUGCGCUGAGCGUUCUCCACAUCAAGCCCUUUCCCUUUGUUGGACCCUGCCCCCCCCCCCAGCACUAGAGAAACUCCCACCCUAACUAAUGUGACCAGAGGCAGUCAGGAAGGAGCUGGGGGCAGAGACAGAGUGGGUGGUGGGGAGAUCUUGUUGAUGUUGCCCAGGAUGGAGAGGGAUGUGGGGAGAAGAGAGAAGGGGCCGGCUCAGCAGGUAGACUAUGGCUGCAGAUCCAGGGAAGAGCUUUUAGGAGCAGAGAUGGGCAGCCAGACCCAGGACAGCAAGUCCCUUUUUGUGAAGCUCAGGCGGGGGUCUGGUGGGCGCUGUCCAGUGGAGACAGUGGUGACACAGGUGAGUUCUGCCUGACCCCAUGGGGUGUGGCACCUGCCCCCAGCCCCAUUACUGGGAUCCCCUUGUCCAUUUUGGGAGUCUGAGCAGAAAAUGAGCAGAAAUGGGUCUUGGCCAGAAGAGUGUGUGUGGGGCUCUUCCCAUCUGCCCCCCUAACCAAAUGCUUCCCUCCCACCCCGGAGGGAUUACUCCUGAGCCCUGUUGAAGGAGGAAAGCUGUACCCUUCCUGCUCUGAGAUGUUGACCUUUUUCUGUCUUUCUCAAGGGAGAGGCUUCAUGGCCAUUCCCAGCUCCACCAGCUCCCACUUCUGGGGGUCGACUCUGUCCCUCUGAGCGCCCCUAGGCUGCUCUCCUGGAGGGGUUUCUGAAAAGCCUAAGUGGAUGGGACUGGAAUGUUUGCUGUUCCCCCAAAUCACUUCCUUACUAGAUAGGGGCAGGAGGAUGAGAAGCUGCCCCAUUCUGUCCCCAUUCUGUCUAGUCCUCCCUGUUGAAGCAAAUUCUUUAAUACCUUUGAUGAGGAAUUUCUUACCUGGACCUGGGCUUCUGAUGCCUGUCAGUGCACGGUGAGUAGAGUGUGUGUGUGUGUGUGUGUGUGUGUGCAGUGCAUGUGUGCUUGUGUGUGAGCCUAGGGGCCAUCCCUGAGGGCCUGGGGUGCAAGUACAGACGCUGUGUACUGGGCGGGCUGCCGGGUAAGGGAUUUACGUGGUGCGGUUCCCUGGGCAAGGCUCCCGUCUGGCUCACCCCGGCUUCUGCGGCACCGCUGUGUUACUGAACUCUGGAAAGACCUCACCUUGUCCGCCCCUUUGCUCAGCCCCAGAAUCAACAUCUUCCAAGCCCUCUCUUGGGGAAAAUAAUGAAACUGCAGUUAGCCCCAUACACCGCUUCUCAUUCCACAGCACAGUUGAUUGUUAAGGUGUCUCGCGCUGUUUCAGACCCCCAUGUCCUGUCUCCCCCAUCCCCCAUGCCCUGCCCUCCCCUCCCUUCUUUUGGUCCCCGGCUCAGUUCAGGGAAACGCCCUCUGUUUUCAGAGCAGUGCGCCUCCCAUUCAGAGCUACUUGAAACGUCCUGCUCUCACUAAGAUUGGAGUCUGUCUCUUCCCUUUGUCCCAGUUCUGACUUCUGGAAUUGUCUUCCGGGGAGGGGGGGUGGGAGGGGCCAGCUGUAGAGGAUGCUGGGGCAUUUGGGGUGGGAAGGUGGCAGAGAGGAAGGGGCACCUUUCUCAUCACUGUUGCCCUCCCCACCUGGGGGUACGUGCUCUCUUUGUGUCUCUGGGUCUUCCAGUUGUGCACAUUUUUAUGCCCUUGUAAAUAUGUUGUAGAAAGAAAGCAAAAGGCGCUGAACUAGACCCAGGAGGGACUAGGGAUCCGGUCUUAGCCUGUCUCUGAACCCCCACACUGCCUCUUACCCAUUCUCUGAGACGGAAGCCACCCAGCUUGUUCCCAUGGGCUAAAGGCUUCCGAGUGACUUAGAUUUCCUUGUGAGCAAGGUGCAGGUUGGUUCUUCCUCAGCAACUGGAUUCAUGCCCUUGACCAAGCUGUCUGCCUCCUGGUCCCUCUCCUGCCCCUUUGUCCCAGUGUCCUCUCUCCAUCCUGUCCUCACUCCCCUGGCUUAGGCAGGCAAGGGAAUUGGGCUCCGUUGGAAAAAACUCAACUAAAUUUUAAAAGAACCAUUUCCUGCUUGGCUCAUGGGUGCUAGGAGAGAUGGGUAUGUCUAAAAUGGGGUAGGUUGCAGUUGGAGAGAGCAAAUGUGCCUUGAGAGAUUUCAUGCAGGCCCAAGGGGUGUAGAAGGAGGCAUAGUGUGGGUGCUCAGGAAGGAGGAAGAGGGAGGUGAAGCUGAGGAGCAUGUGCCGGGGUGUUGUGACCGCCCCCCGUUAUUCUGCUGGGGCUGUGACCUCCCAUAGCAAGUGGGCACAUUUCUCUCCUCAUGCCAGCCUGCCUGGUUUUCGUGGACAGGCCACCCCCUCAGCCUUUCAUGAGCUCCAGCUGCUUCCAACUUCACCUAUGAGUAGGUCCAUUGGUAUAAAUGUGGGAGCCCUCCAUUCACCAGAGCCCAACCGCCCCGCCCCCCACCCUUGGGGAGAAGGAAAUGUCUGUAAUCUAUUGGCACCUGAUGGCGAGGCUGUGGGCUGGCAGAGGUCAAAGGGAAGAGACACUGGGGUUGCAGAAGGGGACUGGCGACAUCCCAAGGAAGUCCCGAGCAGAGCAAACUGCUUUAUAGCCUGAAGCCUACUUAAAUUGUGUUAUGUGCAAUAACUGAGCUUAGAGUACAGAAUUGUGUUCAAGUGCUUGGAUUUCCGUCUGUAUAUUUAAGUGCUGAAAUCGUAUCUCUCAGUAAAUCUAGAUGUCCUUUAAAAAAUUGAAAAACAAAGUGUUAGACCAUGUGUGUGCGUUGGUGGGCACCCAAGCGUCCCGUGGAUCACCCCCACCCUCUCCCUUUCCCCGGGCCCCCAUCUCCUGGCACCCCAGCCCCAUCUUCACUUGGGGACCCUGCCUCAUGUUGUCUUUAUCUGCCUAUUACUCAGCCUAAGGAAACAAGUACACUCCACACAUGCAUAAAGGAAAUCAAAUGUUAUUUUUAAGAAAACAGAAAAUAAAAACUUUAUAAACACCA